AUGUCUCCUCUUCCCUCGCCUACAAGCACAUCUCCAUUCACUCGACCGACUCAUAUCAGCCGGAAUUCAUCGGGAUCAAAUAGCAAAAUUCGAGCUGGCUUGGGAAUUGCAUCAUCUGACGCCAAGGUACGAUCUGGCUCGCAUCCUCCAUCCUCGAACACAGGCAGUAAAUUGGACAUUGCACCAUCUACUAGCAACAGACUUGGCGUCACAUCAGCACCGCCUACGAAGAAUCGAUUUUCCGAUGGACUAUCCAAUCCUAGCUUAGACGAAUUCGCCGUUCAAAGAUGGGUUUUAAGUGUUGGUUGUGUAAAUUUUGAUCUGGAAAAAGGUCCAGACUUGGAAUUUCUUUAUCCCAGCCUUGGCAUCAGCAGAGAAGAAAGGGAUAAUAUCGCAUUCUCUUCCUUCCCUGAUACUUCGAUUUUCGACGAUGGUCAUGCAGUAUUUUCUUGGAGAGUAAGAGAAGUUCCGCUAGAUUCUUCCAAUUCAGAAGCACCAAUUAUCGGCACACCACUCCCUACCUUACCGGAGCUUCCAGAGAAUCUAUCAGGUCAUCUGCCUGUACCUCAUCGACAGGAUAGUACGGCUAGCACACCUUCCAAUGCUUCUGUUGAUCAUCAGGCUGCCUUGGAACAUGCUCAAAAUAUUUUGCGUGUUGCUUCGCCUGGAGCGCAAAAUACAGAACAAGAUGGUGCUAUCGUUUCACCAAAUAAUGGCCAGAAAAGGAGUGCAAGUACCAGUGGCAAUUACAUACAUGGCUAUUGCUUUUUCCGACAAAAGAGAGAUGCAACAAUCAGGAGAGGCUAUUUUCAGAAAUCUGUCGUUAUUCUAUCGCACUUACCAUACGUUUCCUUCUUUUCGGAAUUGGUACGUAGGCUAGGGCCGCUAUUCUUUGAGACGGGUAUGCCUAUUUUGGAAGCAUUUUGCCAUGAUGUUCAAAAUUGGGAACCACCGGAGCCAGGAGCGAAGUUGCAUUUACCCUUCUUAGGAUCAGUCAUUUCAGUCGAAUUGCCGUAUUACAGCUUUUCACAAUCAACUCCUCUGCCUGAUGCACAAAGGGCUCUAACGCAAAGGACAGACGGUUCAAGAGAAGAUGCACCUAUCCUAGCAUCUAUUCCAAGCACAUCACUAUUUGAAGUCUUUCAAGAGUUGAUUGGAGAUCUUUGGUUGAUGUGGGAAUGCUUGCUCUUGGCAGAGCCUAUGCUUGUCGUUGCACCGGAUCCUACCGCAUGUUCAGAAGCAGUUUGGCAUAUGUUGGAUUUGAUCAAGCCUAUUCCGUAUGCCGGUGAUUUUCGCCCUUUUUUCACCAUUCAUGAUUUUGAUUUUCGUACGCUGGUAACAAAGAAUAAACCUGCUGCUGGAACAAUUAUCGGUGUUACGAAUCCGUUCAUGCUGCAAGCUUGCAAACAUUGGCCUCAUGUUUUGAAAGUGGGUAGAACUGGGGGCAAUUCAGCCGGCGGAGGUGGACCGGAACAUACGCCUGGAUUGAUUAGCAAGAGGAAAAGACGGAUUAGCAAAGAUCGUGCAUUGAUCAAACAAUUGGUCGAAGCGGCUGAAGGAAAAGGCUGCAGUGCUGAAGUGGCGAAUGAGUUGUUGAGGAAAUACUUUACCGAUCUAACGGAACGGUUCUUGGCACCUUUGAAUCGGUACGUUUCUUCUCUGAUUCCGGCAGAGUUUGAUCUUUCUUCACCAUAUGAAACGCCAAAGAUUCGGCCGUUUAAUACGACUGCAUUCUUAUCCUCUUUGAAAACUCACGGAACACCAUUGCAAUUGAAAAGCAAAAAUUUACCGACUGGUCCUGCCGUUCGACAAUCUUUGUAUGUUGACUUUUUGCAAUGUCCAAACUUUAGUCUUUGGCUACAUAUGCGUAUUCGACAAUCACAAGAAGAACAGUAUAUGCGCAAGUUACGUGCGUUGGAAAGCGGAAAUGUUGCUUCAUUCGCCAAUGCAAGAGGAGAGAUGGAAUCAGUGGAGUUGUAUGCAAGAUUGCAAGUAGAAAUCAAAGGUAUCAACGAUCGUUUAUUGGCCGGGAGAAAGGAAAGAGAACUUGAGCCGAACAGCAGAUGGAAGUGUUCUCCCAACAUGAGUGGAAGAUGGCAAAAAUCAUUUACGCAUGGCGAGAGGACGCUAUUGACCCAUAAAGCCGGCUUGAUCGAUCAAGUACAAAGGUUAUUGACAACUUUACCUGAAGAUCUCCGUCAAUCGUUGCGGUUGAAAGAACAACAACGACAACGUGAAGGUGUUAGAUUUUAAUACCUUUUUCUUAUUUUUAUACCAUCACAUCAUGUGCUUUUACCAUCAUCAUGAAUGCUAUAUGAAUAGUGCUUUUGGAUUAGCAGAGCAAAGGUAC